UUUAGGGAAAAAAAAGCGUCUGGAGUUAGGCCCUUGGGAGCGAGACCGAUAUUUAAAGAGGAGUCCCCAGCUUUGGGGAUCUAUGUUUGUAAAUCCAGCCCCGGGCCUGGCCAACCCCUGCAGCAAGGAUGCUCCGGGGACUUCGGAGAAGCCGCAAGAGCCAGUUCAAAUACAUCACCCCUGGCCUCCUCCCUGCAGCCACCAUCGCUCCAAAGCCAGCUGUACCUCGAACACCUCCUCCCCGCAGCCCUAAUGUAUCUCCAGAGAGACCAAGAUCUGCCCUGGCUGCAGUCAUUCUGGCAACAACACUGACUGGGCGGACCGUUGCCAUUCCCCAGCCUCGCCAGAGAUCCCGAUCUGAAAGUGAAGUCUCCAUCGUGGAAAAGGACAGCUUUAUCCAGCCCUAUGCCACCAGCUCAGAGCAUGGGCUUGGACCGACUUGGCAGAAUGAGUUGGGAAGAAGAACUUCUUUACCAUCCUUUGAAACACUGGGCUGUGGGGAUGAAGAGGACUCUGAAAUGCAGGCGUCAUACAGUGACAAGGAGUUGGGCAAUGGCUGUGCCUGGAAAGAAGAGGGAGGUCAUAGUGAUGCUGUGUAUGCUACAUCACACAAAAAUCAGGAUAGUUUGGGCCAACAUCUUCAUGUGAAUUGUGCACCUUCUCAGAAGUGGCCUAACAAUGGAAAGUCUCAUUCUCUGCAGUUUUCUUGUCGGUGCUACCCAAGAGUACCAUGGUCACACAAAGUGGACAGUGAAGAUGAUGACAAUAUUUCUGAGCAAGAUGGACUUCCAGGUUCCUUACCUCUUACACCACAGCAUAUACAACAAAAAGAUAGUAAACACUCUGUUCUGAAUUUAAAGGAUGAAAAAACACCAUUAUGUGAAAAACCUCCUCCUUCCCCAGAUGUAACUGAUAGAGCACGUCAAAGAUGUAUAGAAAUAACCAAAGAAAAGUUUCAGGAAUUAAAAGAAGAAAAUUUGCACCUAAACAAUACAAAUCAAAGCCUUACCGUUGAGCUGUGUGCAAUAAAACAAGCAAUGAAAGAAUUACAGUUAAAACUAAAGAGAAUGGAAAAAGACAAUGAAAGGCAGAAAGAGGCUGAGAAAGCAUCCUCUCAGGAAGGAGUUGCUGCACCUGAAUUACUUUAUCUAAGGAAACAAGCUCAAGAACUGGUAGAUGAAAAUCAUGGGUUGAAAAUGACUGUUCAUCGUUUGAAUGUAGAGCUAAGUCGUUAUCAAACAAAAUUCAGACAUUUGUCCAAGGAAGAGAGCUUACAUACUGAAGGCCUCCCAUCAAAAGGCCCUAUACCACCCUGGCUGUUGGAUAUAAAGUGCCUUUCACCGUUGUUGCUAGCUUAUGAAGAUAGAAUGAAAGAGAAGGAUGAGCUUAAUGCCACCCUUGAGGAGGAAAUGAGAAUGUUUAGGAUGCGAGUCCAAGAAGUGGUGAAAGAGAAUGAAGAAUUGCACCAAGAGUUAAAUAAGAGUAGACCUGUUACCAGUGAUGAAUGGCAUCAGCUUCAGACUCAAGCAGAACUAGUUUUAGAGGAGAACAAGUUGUUGAUAGACCAGUUGGCGAUUCAGCAAAUGAAAGCCAAGGAUGCUCACCAGGAGCAUCUCCAAGAAGGUGAGCCCUGCAGGCUGAUAAUUUUUAUUCUCCCAUUUGGGGAAUUCUGUAGGAGAUACCAAAAGAAAAUCGAUAUCCUCAAAAAGCAAGUGGAAAAAGCCAUGGGGAGUGAAAUGUCUGCUCGCCAGAACCUGGCGAAUCUUGUUGGGGUAGCAGAGAACAUAACACAGGAACGAGACAGUCUUAUGUGUUUGACUAAAUGCUUAGAAAGUGAAAAACACGGAGUCCUGAAUACAAUCAUAAAAGGCAAUAUUCGCUUGGGAAAGUUAGAGGAAAAAAUCAAGGCGUAUAAGAAGCAGGCAGCACUGAAACUGGGGGACAUCAAUCACCAACUGCUGGAGCAGCAAGAGCACUUUGCCGGCAAGAAAGCCCAGUACCAGUGGAAGAUGCAGCAGCUCCACCAGAUGCUGCAGGACAAGCAGGAGGUCCUGGAUGAAGCCCUGCAGCAGAGAAGAGAAAUGGAAGGUGAGCUUGAGAUUAUUUGGAAGUCUGCCUCCAAGGAAAACCAAAGAAUCCGAGAACUUCUCCAGACCACACUAGCAGGGAAAGGCCUGUCGGACAACAAGGCUUUCAAGUACGCGUGCCUCGAAGGCACUGCUCAGGGAGACCUGCUGGAUGGGCACAGGGCCAGCUACUGGGACAGGAAGCCUCUCACCUUCACUUGCCAGAGUCUGCAGGAGCCAGUGGAUUAGGCGCCGUGGCCUGAAAGGUCUGCCUCCCACCAGCCGGCACAGGGCAGCAUCCGUCCCCGAGAGCCAGCAGUGGCCAGGGAGAUGCAGAGGCCCAGCAAGUGCUAGAGCAAGGAAGAAAUAAACUCGCGGGAGUUUAAUUGGUUCUUUACAUUUUGCUUUUCUUAACCAUGUACUGCUGAGAUAUAUUUCAGCCAGGUCAUGUCCUCUAGCUGCAUUGCCACUGAGACUAUGUCAUUGCUCAGAUUAGCAGGUGGCCUGCUGGGCUGGCCUGUCUACAGGCUUCUAGAAAGCUGAGAAAGCUCUGGAAGGAAUGGAAGAGCUGGAGGAGCACAUGCUGUGCAUCGGAUAAACAGCUGGAUGAGGCAGCUGAUGGAACAGCAGUAAGGAUAGCUUAUGCCUCUGUCCUGGGUGGGCAAAAAAGUAAGGUGCAGGUCCUCAUGUCCCAGGGAGUAGAACCAGAGGCUUUCUGCCUUCUCCUAGUCCUCCUGGUUCUCUUGGGAAGAUACUAGGGCCACUGGAUGAGAGCUCUCCCUUUGAGCACCCAGGUGGGGUCCCUCUACUGUUGCCACCAACAAGGACACUAGAGGGCCCGUGGUCUGUUCCUCUCUAUGGCUUCUCAGGUAGGUUUUCCAGCCUCUUAGGACCACCCAGUGGGACUCCUGGUGGAAGUGCCAGCCAUUCAGGGCCACCUGCUCCAGGCAUGCUGGAAGAACUCAGGAACACCAAGACCCUAAACAGAGUCCUGGAACACAUCCUUCAACAAAACCCCCAGUGGCUAAGUCUUGUAUUGUUUUAGGGGUUAAGUAGGCCCUGGUUCUUGUCAUUAGUCAUGUGUAGGAGUGACUUUGAGUGCUAGCUGGAAAAUUAGGAUCGAAUGUUAUAUCUUUUACAUUUUAUUGAAUUUGUUCAAUAGCUAAAACAUUGCAAUUUAAUUUUAUUUUACAAAGGGUAGAAGGACUCAACAGAAUUUAAAACUAUGUAAUAUCUCCUUAGGAGAUAACCUAGUAAUUAACUUUGUUAUUUCAAAGGAAUUUAUAUCAACUGUCUCAAAAUCUG